CGCCGGAAUAACGACGAAGGGAAGGUCGAUCAUAUCAGCAAUGGAAUACAAGAGGGAGGAGCACAGUGACAUGAUUCCGCAGACGGACGCAUACGGCAACCCCAUCCGCACCCCCGUCAGCCAAGGCUACGGCGGCGUCAGCGCCGGCGAGGAGAAGCACCACCAGAGCGCCGGAAUCACGGGAAUCCUCCAUCGCUCCGGCAGUUCAAGCUCCAGCUCAUCCGAGGAUGAUGGGAUGGGCGGGAGGCGGAAGAAGAAGAAGGCACUAAAGGAGAAGAUCAAAGAGAAGUUACCGGGUGCUCACAAGAGUGAAGAACAGAAGGCGAGGCAGGACGGAGAGUACGAGCACGAGCACGAGAAGAAGGGAUUCAUGGAGAAGAUCAAGGAGAAGUUGCCUGGCACCCAUAAAGACUACUAGAUUUUGCAACCUUGUGCUUGAAAAGCUCUCAUGUUAGCUAGUUACCUGGCAGUGUAAGGGGGCAAGCUAGUUUUUAAACUAAUAAAUG